CACAGACUCCAGUUCCCUGUUGGUGUGAGGUGAUACAAUGAAGGGACGAUGGCUGCUUGCAUCAGACUAAUAUGGAUGAGAAUGACCACCUUGACAGCCGCUAUUCAUGAUGGUUCUGCUUUCCUGAACGCUGUCUUUGCCAAAACACACUAAUUUCCCUGUUUCGUCCCAUCUGUAAAGGCCAAGUGUUGUAUUUGCCUCAGUCUGCUAGCCCCGUGCUAUGAUUCUAUCCACAUCAACUCUCUUUAAUUGACCUGACCGAUAUCACUCAUAACAUGGCCAUCACACAGUUUCGCCUUUUUAAAAUAUGCACCUGCUUGGCGUCUGUUCUCUCAUUCUUGAAAAGACUGAUUUGCAGGACUGGAAGGUCACGCAAGCUGAGUGGAGAUCAGAUCACCCUCCCAACCACUGUUGACUAUUCCUCUGCACCAAAACAGCCAGAGAUCGAGGAGUGGAGCUCGUGGGAUGAGGAAGCUCCAACAAGUAUUAAAAUUGAGGGUGGUAACGGGAUAGUUCCACCUCCACAGAAUGAAGCUGAAGAAGAAGAGCCAGACUACUUCAAAGACAUGGCACCCACCAUCAGGAAAACACAGAAAAUUGUCUUGAAGAAAAGGGAACCUCUGAAUUUCUCUAUGCCAGACAGCUCCUCAGGUUUCUCCAGCCGACUAGCCGCCACUCAGGACAUGUCCUUCAUCCAGCCCUCUGCGGAGCUGGGGGACCUGGACACCUGGCAGGAGGACACCAACGCCUGGGAGGAUGAGGAAGAUGCAGCUUGGGAGGCAGAGGAAGUGCUGAGGCAGCAGAAGCUGGCUGAGCGAGAGAGACGUGCAAUGGAGCAACAGAGGAAGAAAAUGGAAAAAGAGGCCCAGAGAAUGAUGAAAAAAGAGCAGAAGAUUGCUGUCAAGCUUUCAUAACAUUAAUACAGCGGACACUCAAAGCAACAGCCAAACAACUGAACAUAUUACAUUUUACCUUGUUUCAUCAACACUGCUGUCUUCACCUUUAUGGGAUAUUUUUUUUUGGUCCAUCAUCCAUCUUGGGGAAUUUUUGUUUGUUUGUUUCUUCAGUUUUUGUUUUUUUUUUAUUGGACUGAACAGAGCACAAAGAAUCGUCCCUUUUGUUUAUUUUUGAGUUAUUGUGACAUUUCUUACCAUGCUCUCGAUGAAAGAAAAAAACCAAAUGUUUUUUUUCUGUCAGUAUUUAUAACACUUGAGUGAUUUUGUCAAGAAAAAUUUUAGAUAAGGAUUUUUUUUUGUCUUCCAUUUGUUUUUCUUCAUCAUUUUCUCCUGUGCUUUAAACACUGGACCUCACCAGAAAUUAGUGAUAUCUCAAUAUUUCAAAAGAAUCAAAUUCAUGCAACCUUGGGUUUUUGCUCUACUCAUUCUAUUUAGCCGUCUAUCUAAUCUGUUGUCAUUCUGUUUACCUGAUAAUUAGGGGCUUAAUUGUGAAUAACUCUUAUAUAUUGAUCUUGAUUUUUCUAAAGACAACAAUUUGAGUCAUCUGGUUAAGGAAUUAGUAAUUAUCAGUGGGAAUAGAGAGCAGAAAUAUUCAGUAUGUACCGAGGCUCCAAGAGAGCUCUUUCAAGAGGUGUGGGUUGGUCGUCAUGGAAACGCUGAAAUUGUUAAAAUAUCCAAAUUGGCAACCAAACCAUCUUUUAUCUAUAGUAAUACUGUGUUACUGAGAAGAGCAUUGACUAAGAGAAAAGAAUUCACCAUUUAAAAGUAAUUUCACCAGAGGAACGGCUUGUGUUUAGCUAUUAAAGUGUUUCUUAUCGCUUGAAAAUAUAGAAAUUGAUCAUGUUUACUGAUAGGAUGAUGGUGGUGCUGAAAUUAACUUCUGCAUGCUAUGAUGAAUAUUAAGGAACAUGAAGCCAUGAGAGCCACAGGCACAGAUAACAAUGAAAAACUGAAUAAAAUCUAUUUUUAUUUUGCUAUGAUUUAUGUUUCCCACUCAUGCAUGCUCAUGCUUUUUUUAAGUUGUUUUUCCACAGUGCAGCCUCAGCUGUAAUAAACAUUUCGGUUGUCUGUUCAGUGGUUUACUUUUAUUAAGAGGCUUUCGGAAUCUUCUACUGUCAUUUCUUCACCCAAAAAACAUGCUCAUCGUGCCGUGGUAAAGAUGACGUCUUCGGGUCUUUGAACAUAAUCAGCAAUACCAGACUUUAUUGGAUCUGUUUGUACUCAGACUGUUAAGAUGUUCAAUCAGCAUCAUAAAGCUGAAUACAUGUCAUAUCAUUUGUGAUAUUCAAGGUCAGACGCGUUGUCCGGACCGGUGGAAUAUUCCAGCUCUGAGAACAUGAUGUCAUAAUCCCCAUCUGCCUCAGCAACGCCCUCGGUCGACCAACCCUCCCACAGCCUGACCCACUUAGACAGAAAUAGAGGAAAAUAAACUCUGACUGAAUUAUACAUUACGUGCUGUCUUCUGCAGCUGUGCGCAUCAUCAUAAUCACACCUGACUUUAUGGUUUUCACUCGGGUUUGUCUCUGUAAUCAUCAAGGUUUUUGGACCAUGUUCAUUAAAUAAAAUGUAUAUAAACA